AUGGAAAAUAGAAGAGAAAUCUAUUAUAUUAAAAUAGGUGGAGAUGGCCAUAAUGUUAGAAGAAAGCAAAAUCAUUGUUAUAAAAGACCUGCUUUAUUUCCUGCAAUUGAUUUAUUUAAUUAUAUUCCUGAUCUUUUACAAAUUUCUGAUAUAUUGAUGGAAUGUUCUUUAGAGAUUUAUUUAAAAGAAAUGAUUUUGAACAAAACGUCAAGGAAAAGAUUGAAAAAAAAAAUCAUGAGCAGGUUAAAUUAUUUUUUGGAGGAACUACAAAUGGGAGGUGGCAAGAAAAUAAAGCCCGUUGUCUAUAAUAUACUGGAAAGACAUUUAUUGAAAGUCUUGAAAUCCCACAGAAUGUUGAUUGAAACCCAGAAGCCUCUUAAUGAAGAUUAUAAAUGCGCCUUGUCUUCUUCAGGAGUAAUAGUAGCACAAGAAGAAGCCACAUCACAAACAUUAGAACAUGAUAUAAAUAAACAUUACGAAGAAGAAAGUGAAGAUUGGUGGGAAGUUUAUCGAUCGUACAAAUAUGAAACAACAGAUAAUCUUGGAGAUUUAUUUAGAGUCGAAGCUCAAGUCAUAAAUAAACAACAUGCUGAAUUACAUGAUUUACAAAAAGCGGGCGUAAAUUCUCCAAAGUCCACAUUAUAUCACUGGAUUAAUAAUUCCUCAAAAAAAUUGUUACUUGAUUUUCGUCCCCUGCAUAAGCACUAUACUCGCAGAAUUAUCCCUUCAGUUUGCAUUCCUUUCACUGAUCUUAAAAAACAUUUAUUUGAACUUCCCUCAAAGUCUUUACCAUUUGCAGUAUUAGAACCUCACGAUAACGCAGGUAUUACUCAAAAAUUGCUUAUAGAUCAAGGUUGGAAUGUUCCUUGGAUUUUUGUUGAGGGAGAAGAAUUAUGGGAAGUUAGUCGAGAGCUUGGAAUUUUAGAAGAAAUCGAUGAUGGUCCAAAUAAUGAAUUCAAAAAUCGACUUAAAUGGACGUUAUUUCAACCUAGUCCAUUUUUGGUGAGAACUAUAGAUCGUAUCGAAGAAUCACUUAAACAUUUAUCAUCGAAUCAUGUUGUUAAUUGUCUCGAUAUUGCUUGCGGAAAUGGAAGAGAUGCUGCGUGGUUAAGUUCGCGUCAAACUAUUGAUUGGCGAGUUACCGCAGUUGACGCAAUGUCAGUAGCCCUAGAUCGUACAAGACAAUUAGCAUCAGAUUUAGACGUGUUAUUUAAAAUUCAAACUUUUCACGCUAAAAUCAUGGUAGAUGGAUCUGUCAAAAGAUAUCAAGAAUCUUUGUCAUCACAAACAUCUAUGAAAGAUGGAGAUGGUGCCUCUGAGAUGAUCAAAACUCGACCAAAAUUUGAUAAUAUUCCUGAAAAAGAGAUUGAAUUUCUAAAUAAAGAAUACGAUCUCGUGAUUUCGAUUCGUUUCUUACGUCGGGAAUUCUUAUCCAAUAUGGCAAGUCUUGUAAAACCUCGUGGAUUUCUUUUAAUUAGCACAUUCGUUAAUGAUGGAAGACAUACUUAUAAGAAUCCGCGAAGUAAUUCUCAUAGAUUAGAGCUUGGUGAACUUGCUACUAAAUUUCGAAAAGGAUUUGAAAUUAUAAAUGAUGAAAUUGAAUUAAUCGAAGAUGGAAGACCGGUUAAUUCAUUUUUAGCAAGAAAGAAAAUAUAGUACAUUUACAAAAGUGACACUCGUGACCUGCGUAUAUUAUCAUCAGUCACGUCGUACGGGUCAAGAAGGCUACAUUUGUCAUUUUUCUGCAUUAUAUUAUUUAUUUAUUUAUUUAUCUUUUUUUUUUUAUCAAUUAAAGCUAAAAUGAAGC